UUUCAUAGGUUAUACCGCUUAUAAAUUAUUUCACCAGACUAUAUAGUUUCCCUCUUUAAUUUCUUCCCAAUGGUAAUGUUGACAUGGAUAAUUUUUGCCCUUGCUUCUUUGUAUCCCUCUUCACUUGUGAUGUCUCUGCUACUAGUUCCACACAGUUAAUGUCCAACCAAACACAAGACGAUUUAUUAAAUAUAUGUGAUUUUGUAUAUUGUGGGAAAGGAACAUGCCAACUUUCUUCCGCUGAAUUGCUCGGUUUCACAUGCGAUUGUGAAUCUGGUUGGAAGAAGCCUAACAUUGGUUCUAUCGAAUUACCGCCAUGCAGUUUUCCUAACUGUACUGUUAAUUUCAAUUGUGGUAAUGGAUCUCCGGCACCCCCUUCUUCUCCACCUACACAAGUGUCUGACCCUUGCUUGUUGAAUUUCUGUGGGGAUGGAAACUGUGUGAGUCAUCAUGGCUUUGAUUUUAGGUGUCAAUGCAAUGAAGGCUCAGAAAAUCUACUUAACGAUCCAAAGUUGUUUUGCUUUAAGAAAUGCACUUUCGGUGGAGAUUGCAAUGGUUUUGAUCUUGGGUUCAGCUCCGAAACUCCGCCACCCCCAGCAACAUCUGGAACUGCCUCUCCUGGAACUACUGCAAGUUCAGGUGAAACCCUGAGUUGUACAGGGGAGCUUCAUAUGCUAGCUAUGACGAUAUUAGCAUUAAUAUUUCAAAUCUAUCUGGACUUAAAGGGAACAUGAAGUGCGUUGCACUUGGGCUGUCCAUGCCAGAGUACUCUUUCAUUUACAUAGCUUAUUAUGCAGAGCAGAAAAAUUAUUAAAGACAUUUAUAUAUAUCGAUGUGGUCUAACACAUAAUUUUGUCACUUAAAUAUAUGGUUGUUGAAAGUUCGAUUCCUAGU